CCACUUCAGCGAAACGACUAUACACUGUUCCGUUUAGAUUCUCUCGGGAAAAUAGAGACUACUAGAGUGGGUUUUCUUUUGGAAACUUUAGAGAGCGAGAGAGAGAGAGUGAAAGUUCGAAGAGGAAGAAAAUUCAAAAGAUGAGGCCUAAGGUCGUUCUUUUUGGCGACUCCAUCACUGAAGAAUCAUUUGGCGACGGUGGCUGGGGAGCUUCUCUCGCCGAUCUUCUCCGGCGCAAGGCUGAUAUGGUGUUACGAGGAUACAGUGGAUAUAACACGAGAUGGGCAUUAAAAGUGAUGGAGAGAGUUUUUCCGGCAGCGGGAGACGGCGGAGCAUAUCCAUCGGCAGUGACUGUAUUUUUUGGAGCCAACGAUGCGUGUCUGCCGGAGAGAUGCUCGGGGUUUCAGCAUGUGCCACUUCUCGAAUAUAAACAGAAUCUUCGCUUAAUUGUUUCGUUUCUCAAGAAUCGUUGGCCACGAACGGUCAUUAUUCUCAUAACUCCACCACCAAUCGACGAAGAGGCUCGGCUCCGAUAUCCUUAUAUCGAAAACACGAUAGGCUUGCCAGAAAGAACAAACGAAGCAGCAGGAACAUACGCAAAAGCGUGUGUAGCCGUAGCUAAUGAAUGCCAAAUUCCAGCCAUCGAUCUUUGGUCCAAGAUGCAGCAAAUUCCGAACUGGCAAACUGAAUGUCUAUGGGACGGUUUACAUUUGAGUCGGGUCGGGAACAAAGUGGUGUUUGAAGAAGUUACAAAUACGCUUAAAGGAGAAGGUAUUGGAGCUGAGGACUUAGUUGUGGAUCUUCCCCUCAUUGAAGACGUUGACCCAAAGAAACCUCUCACAGCCUUUGAUGAGUUAUGAUGCUUUUCAUAAUCAUAAUGUAUCGUUAAUCCUUCGAUUGAAUAAUGCGCUAUUGUUCACACACAAAAUCUGCUCUAAUUGAACUGAACUAUAUUUAAGUUUUGCUUAAGUUUGAUAUUGGGGGUCACAUACGUAAACUAUCAUAUCUAAAUCUCUAUAAUAGUAGUAGUUUUCCAACUACACAUUUAUGCAUGUCCAACGACUACGGUUCGAUAGAUAAAUGUCGUCGUGAAUAUGAAAAAUCACCGAAACUACAAUAUUUAGUUAAACCCUUGACCUAUCAACAGUCAAGAUCACAACGCAGUCGUUACAAGUUCUGGGCCAAAGACAUCGCCAAUAUUGGGCCUAAAAGAAACCAAGCCCACGCCAGCUGCACAUUCCUGUCGCCUUUCUCCAAUGGCUCCCAAAACAGAGGAUAAGAACAGAGCUGCGUCUGACUGCACGGUUAAAUCAAAAGAGACGUCCAACGUCACGCUGGCAAACAGCUUUGCGGUACAAGAUCCAGAUUAUGCAGUGUAGUGACGACACCUGUGCACGUUCAUAUGAGGAGCUAGGGUUUAGACUUUAGUAUGAAUAAGAAGCUUUAGCCAUUGUAAUACUUGAGCGAAAAUGAAAUAACAAAAGACAUUUCUCGACUUCAUCUUCCCAAGUUUAUUUUGCUUUUUAAAAACGAGAGUGGAUAAUGUGAACAAUGAUAGCAAAUACACAUACAACUCAAUAAAGAAAAUUGUUUUAA